AUGCUUUUUCUGGUGAUGUACAUCAUCACAGUUGGUGGUAACAUAGCUGUCUUGAUGUUGGUGAGUACCUCCCACCAGCUACAUACCCCAAUGUACUUCUAUCUGAGAAAACUCUCUUUUCUGGAGAUUUGUUAUACCACAGCUGCAGUCCCUAAAACCCUGGCCAUCCUACUGGGGAGGAGCCAGACCAUAUCCUUUAUGAGCUGUCUUUUGCAAAUGUACCUUGUUUUCUCAUUAGUCUGCACAGAAUACUUCCUCCUGGCAGCCAUGCCUUAUGACUGAUUUCUGGCCAUCUGCUGUCCUCCACACUAUGGCGCCAUCAUAAGCAGCCUGCUCUCAGCACAGCUGGUGCUGGGCUCCUGGCUCUGUGGUUUCCUGGCUAUUCCAGCACCGAUGGCUCUCAUCAGUAGCCUUUCCUUCUGCGGCCCCCGUGCCAUCAACCACUUCUUCUGUGACAUUGCACCCUGGCUCACCCUGGCCUGCCCCAGAACACAGGUAGUAGAGAUCGUGGCCUUUGUGAUUGCUUUUGUGGUCAUCCUGUGUUCAUGCCUCAUCACCCUGGUCUACUAUGUCUACAUCAUCAGAACCAUCCUCAGGAUACCCUCAGCCAGCGGCCAGAGCAAAGCCUCCUCCACCUGUUCCUCCCAUCUCACCAUGGUGCUCAUCUGGUAUGGAUCCAUGAUUUUCCUUCACGUCUGCACUUCCAUCAAAGAUGCUUUGGAUCUGACCAAAGCCGUCAGUGUCCCGAACACUGUGGUGACUCCAGUUCUAAACUCUUUCAUCUAUACGCUCCGUAACAAGGAAGUAAGAAAAUCUCUACUGAAGAAAUGGAAAGGAAAAUAA